AAUGGUAAUGGUAAUGGUAAUGGUAAAAUGGUGGUGGUGGUGGUGGUGGUAUGGUGGUGGUACUAGCUAGAAGUACCGCUACGCGUUGGAGGUGCCCCGAGGCAAAAUACCAACCUACCUACCUACCCAGAACUUACCUUGCAGCGAACAAGGUACACUGCGCAGGUGAUUUUGUAAAACGUACGACCGCGCGGUUCGCGUUUACGUUAUAUCGGUAAGACUGUAGCCAACAGGACUCGAUUCUCUCUGACGGCAGGCUACUAACCACCACAAAACCACUACCAACUUAUACCACACAGUUGCUCGAGCAACGGUCGGACGGACGUACUCGCGGAGUCAACUUUGUCUUCGGCGAGGCCCCCGACCGGCUGGCACUCUUGUGGCCGACGGCCCCCGUACUGGACCCCAAGAGUUGUGCGCGAAAUUAAUCAUCAUUGUUAUUAUUGUUAUUUUGUUAUUUUUCGUCAUUACUUUUCUAUACUCACAAAUCGUAGCGAACCGUCGUAAAUGAAUAUACAAAUUUUCAGUGAAGAAAAAUACAAAAUUUAUGUACGUACAAAGAUUAUUGCAAUAUAAUACGAUAUAACAUACAACAUAAUCAUCACAUGACACGCGAGUGUGCACGUAAUAAGAUUCGAUUAAAUAUAUAUGUAUAAGAACAAACGAAUGUAAAUUGUUAAGAAGAAAAUAUCCAUGUAUAUAUGUUUCGUACAUGUAAUGACACGUAUAAAGAAUAUGAUAAUGAUGUGUAAAAUGAUGGUGAAUAUCGUUUGAAUUCAAUAAUCAUUGAAUACUGGAGACUUAAUUACACCGGAACCGUAUUUAUAUGAAGAAGAAGAAGAAGAAACUUGAUUAUCAUCAUUGAUCAAUGGAUCGGACUCUUCCGGUUUGUCGUUAUUUUUUUUUUCCUACGUUUUCUUCGGCGGUUCGAUCGAUUUGCAUGAAACUAAGCGGAUACACUGACGAACGAGGAGAUUGAAAAUAAGUUAUGAGGAACAAGUGUCGGUUCAAGUGAUUAUCGAUAAUAGAAAAAAAGUAAUCGACGAUAAUGAAAAAGUUGAUCUUCUUAUCUGACAUCUGGGAACUUUGCUCGGUCAGUAUCUACGCCAAAAACUAGUGUCCGAAUAUAUUUGAAGUUAUGUUCGAUAUAUUUCGUCUUAAUUUUUCCAUAACGUCGUAUAGUAAGUGUGCUUUAUAACCGAGCAGCUGUUCUCUUUGAAGGGGAAAAUAAUCGUUGUACAGUGUUUGAAUAUCGACUGUUUUUCGUUUUUCAAUUAUCACUGUUUCGUCUCACGUGAAUUCUCUUGGAUUCUUUGAAAAUAUAUUCGACGGAGUGAUAUACCGUUGAAAAAUUAGAAAAAGUGUUUUACAAUGGAGGUCACUGCUGCUCCUUAGGUUGCUGCUGCUGCUGCUGACCAGAACAAGUAAAAUUGAACGACGUAUAAAGAAAGAGAAAAAAAGAAAAAAGUAAUACCCCAAACAAGAGAAAUCAACGAAAAAUAAAAAAAAAAAUAAAAAAAAGGAAGAAACGACGAGGAGCAAACCACUGAAAAUUUUUAAAAACAGAAAAACAUCGUCGUCGACGUCGGAAUCUGACGAGGAGGAAAGUGGUGCAGAGUAUUUCUCGAGUGUUUUAUGUGUAAAGGAAUAACCGGAGAAGUUUUUAGCUGUACAAAAGAGGGAAACAGCCGGUUUGCUGUUUGGUGGUGCGCCGUUGCUGAAGCAGGCGAUCGGGGAAUUCUUUCAGAGAGGACGCGUUUUACGGUGCGUCUGCUGCUCUUCGUCGUCGUCGCUGCCGCUGCUGCCCCUGGUUUGUUGCGGCUGCUGCACGAGCUCCGGUAGUUCUGAUAUCAUCAACCGGUUUUUAAGACUUUUCCCGGCGCGUCAUACCCGAGGAUGGAAAAAGGGACAGCGGGGAACGCGAAGAGUUUUCAAGUCGUUUGAUAUCGGGAAGAAUCACAACGAUUUCAACAGCAGAGAUUCAUUCGAAGAAAGUUUUUUAAUCGACACCCUGAAAAUAUCGGCAACAUCGCGAUGGAUAUAACGGAGGCGUUCGCACCGGGGGGUGGAAACGAAGACCUCGGGAAGACGGACUUUUUCGAUUUCGUCGUAUCGCCAGCCCCUCACGGUGCUCCCGGCGACACGGUUUCGGACGAGGAGGGUUUUCUUCAUCGUUCGUCUUGCCGGAGCAUCGGUGUCAGUUUCCUCCAGGAUUCGAGGCAGGACUCGCACGACUCGAGGCACGACUUACACCCGUCUUCCUUCGUCAAGGAAACGAACAAUAACACGCUCACGGCGCUUCCACCGGUUUCGACGAUCACCGGAUCUCUGACGCACCAUCACCACCAUCACCACCACAAUCACAAUCACAAUCGAAACCACGUGUGCGUGGUGCAGAACACGGACGUAGCCAUGGAUCAACCGGACUGCGAUUAUUGGGGGGACGAAGGAAAGGAGCAAACCUGCAGCAUAUUACUCGAAGAUCUCAGCAAAUAUUGUUGGUCGACAACGACGAAUCAACAUUCCCAAGGUCACGGUGGCGACGGCGUGGUUCAGGGCGCGGACAACGCCGUUGUACGGGGCGGUUGCAUCACACCUGGAAAUCACCGACAGAACACAGACGGUGCAAUUUACACUCUUACCGUACUGAACAACGACGCUAACUCGAUGGACGCUCUGGACUGUUGCAAGAGUCCCGCGCCGACAUCGGGCGAGUCUUGGUCACUUCGGCCGAAUCUCGAUCUGGACGCGAUCCUGAACCUCGACCCCUCCAACGACCACGACCAGGAUUCCGUCGCCGAAUCAUCGAGGAACGACAGGUUCCACGUCAUACCGGUAGCGGCUAUGACCUCCCAAUACUCGACCGAGGACAGCGGUUUCGUCGAAAGCAAAGAAAUAACCUGCAGCAGAACGUUGUCCGCGGGGCCUCCCGGUACGGGAGACAACAACAACGAUUGGAAGUUAUCCGAUCAAAACCACUUGCCGGACAACGCCGCCAACGAUUCGGCCGAAAGUUUACUACGAAGCGCUCUUCAGGGUAAAUUGUACUCCGGAACGAAUGCUCAAGUCGUCACCUCCUCGUCCUUGAAUAAUUCACAAACACCCACUUUGGCAACUCUUCAAGGAUCGACGACCGGGGCACCUUCUCACGUUCAGAUAUUAACGGAUCACCAGACGGACGAGAGUAUGCAUCCCUGUACGGAAGAAGAUUUGCUACUGUCUCAACUUGACGCGACCACGUAUCGUCCCGGGGAUUACGAGAAAUUGAAAAGCAUCGCGAACGAAGUCGUGGAGUCCUAUUGUAACCUUGAACCCGUGUGCAACGUAUCGGCAACAACGACUGUGAUGUACACUUUGGAUCCGGCGAGCGGAAGUCUCGGUACCAUAACGUUGCCGGCAGAUUUGAGUCAAGUGAGUACGGUAACCGUGGUGACGUCCGGUCAACAGGAAACGGUGAUAGGAGGUCAGAGUUCGGUUCGACAGGAUCCGGAAACCGGCAAUAACCAGAUCCAAAUAUCACCACCAACGAGACCGGUAUCGGCCCCGAGUACAAAACCGGCGAAAAAGUACAUCAGACGAGUGAACAGAAACGGAAAUAACUCGAGUGGCGGAGGGGGAGGAGGUGGGGGAGGAGGUGGCGGUGGUAACGGUGGUAAUUCAGGUAACACAAACGGCAAUAGUCAACAACAAGGAAGCGGUGGUUCUCCAGGUAGUGUACAACGCAAAGAAAGAUCUUUACAUUAUUGUAGUAUAUGCAGUAAAGGUUUCAAAGACAAAUACAGUGUGAACGUACACAUCAGAACGCACACCGGAGAAAAACCUUUCGCUUGUUCGUUAUGCGGUAAAAGUUUUCGUCAAAAAGCACACUUAGCUAAACAUUAUCAAACUCACGUUGCUCAAAAACCGUCGACAAACGUUGGAGGUACAACGGCAACUUCGACAACAUCCGUAACCGUCAACACGUCUGCUUCAGCUUCGCCUACGAACGUUAACCAAAACAAUUCAACUGUACCAGAAACAACCACUGUCGUCGUACCACCUCAACAGCAACAACAACAACAACAACCACAAUCCGCAGCAAGAACCCAAACGCAUGCCAACAAUGUGGAUCAGGUAAACGCUGCAACGUGCAAUAAUUCCGCAAGCAGUUAGCCGCUAAUGAUUUAGUGUUUUUUUUUUAAGAAGUUCAAAAAAAUAUUCUGAAUAUUUAUAAAGAAAUUAAUUAAUAAUAUAUGCCUAUAUACAAAUAAAGUAUAGAAACAUUUAUACCGCGAUACGAAUUGUUUUUUUUUUUCUCAGUUUUUUAUUCGUCUUUCUAUAUGAAAACGGACACAAAACAAAAAAACAGAAAAAAGAAUAGCGAACAUUUUUAAUUUUUUAUUCUCUCCUAAUUACGUACAUAAUUAACGAAUACUAUAUUAUAAUUAUUCGAAUUACAUAUAUACAUAAAAUGGCGAGCUUUCUAAAAUAAAUCGGCUAUAACGAUAAAAAUAAAAAUAAAAAAAAGGAAAACGUAGUUUUUUUUUUACUCAUAGUACACCAUCAAGAGAUUCUAUAUAGUAGAGCCACGCUUGGAGUGCAUAAGAAAUUAAUAUACGAUUAUAAGUAACAAGAAAGAGAAGAAGAAAUUCUAAAAAGUAACGACACCAUGACUCUCAAAUAAAUUAUAUUAUAGUCGAAAAACUUUUCAUGUUAAAAUUUUGUUCCUAUAUAAGAAGACCUUUUUUUUUAUCAUAUAAUGAUAUACAUACAAUUGUAAUAACGAACACAUAAUACACGAUACGUAUGAAUGAAUAACUCACAAAAUAAUAAAAUCGAUAAUAAUAAUACUCAUAAUAUUAAUAAUAAGAAUAAUAAGUAUGAUAAUAAUAAUGAUGAUUUUCAUCUACGGCCAAUCGUACGUUUUCGAAGAAUCUCGAAAAGGGGUAUUCGUUAUAGCACGAAUGAAAAAGAUCAAUGUACAGAAACGAGAAGAAAAAUGAGAAAAAAAUUAAAAUGGAGUAAAAUAAAUUAUUUACAAUCUCUGAUCGAUGAACGUAUAAUUUUUAUAAGCAUAUACAUGCCCGUGUGUACGUAAGUUUAUUAUUGUUAUCAUUAUUGUUGUUAUGAUUAUUAUUAUUAUGUUUUGCAACUACCUACAUAUACAUAUAAAUAAUUAGUAGCACGAGCUGUGAUUUAGAUACAUACUCAACGAGUGAUUAUUAUACGAUACUAUACAUUAUAUUAUACAUAUUUAUAUAAUAUAUGUCUCUGCAUACAUUAUAUAAUAAUAUACGUACCUAUUACAUGUUGAAUUUAUAAAUAAAUUACAACGUUCAACGUUGACAAUAUUUCUUACUUUUUUUUUUUUUUAAUUUUAUUCUAUUUUAUUUUUCAAUCCCCGUUUCGAUCGACUUAAUGUAUAUAGGUAUUAUAUAUUUAUAUAUGUAGUGUAAGGCUGGGCAAAGUAGGGUGCUUGAGCUUUGUGAAAUUUAAAUA